AUGUUGCAAGUUCCCAAGCUCAACGCAGAAAUUUCUGCUGCGGCGAUGGAUAUGGCAAGAGGACGAGAUAAAAAACUGUUGAAAUUCCAACAGCAGCUCAGAGUUGGUACUGCUGCUAUUGGCAGAGGAAUUGAUACAUUAUUGAAAUCUAACAAUAAGGUUUUGACCCUAACACAAAUAAGUGACUGUUGUCGAUUCUUAACAGACCUUACAUUAUUUACUGUCCAAAGACAGAAGUUGGUUUCACGGCUUGAAAAAAAAAAAAAAAAAAUCCUAACAGUGAUUCAAGACGCCGACAGAGAUGAGACGUUGUUUGGAAACCCUUUGUCUGAAAGAAUUAAAGCCAGUUUUGCCAUUAGUAAACAGAGUGCACAAAUCAAGGCUACGACAAAUCAACCCUAUGCAGUCACAUGUUACUCGACCCAGCCAGGGAAACUGGUCGGGACCUCGUCGUUACCCUACGAAUAG